ACUUGUCACUACCUCAGCCUUGCCCGUCAUUACCUCUCAUCCCUCGCCGCCCACCACAAACACCAGAUGAGAUAUGUAUCAUCUCUCUUUUUCUUAAUUAUAUACGUAUCUCCUCCUCUAUAAUUGGUUGCUGAAGGGGCCGGGGAGAUGGCAAUGGGCAGAAGAGGCGUCAUGGACGAUGGGAUGGGAGGGAUGACUGUACCAACCAUGCCCGGUCAUCAUGAAAUGGGCGGCGACAUGGCGAUGCGCAUGACCUUCUUCUGGGGGAAGCGCGUGGAGGUCCUCUUCUCUGGCUGGCCCGGCGACCGAGGACUCGGCAUGUACCUCCUCGCCCUCCUCUGCGUCGUCGCUACCGCCUCCCUCGCCGAAUGCCUCUCCCCCGUCUCCGACCGUCUCUCCCAGGCUGCUCCCACCGCCGCCACCGGCAGCGGCCGCCGAAUCUCCACCGCCGUGCUGCUUACUUUCCUCCACGCCGUCCGGCUGGGGCUGCUUUACCUCGUCAUGCUCGCCGUCAUGUCCUUCAACGUGGGUGUCCUCAUCGCCGCCAUCGCCGGCCAUGCCCUCGGCUUCCUCCUUUCAGCGAGUGGCCUCUGCAAGCGGGCUCGGCCCGGUGACGGGGAGUACCCUGGCAACCAUAACUUGUUUUCGUAUGAAUAUCUAUGCGGACGUUGAGUCGGAUCCUCGCAGCACAUGCUUGCCUGUGAAUAGUGGGUGGAGACUGGAGAGGAGGGCUCUGGUUGCAGCGAACCUGUUAGCUGGCAGAAGCCAUCACGCUUCCGGUGCUGAAAUCGAAGAAUAUUAUUCCUGUUUUUACAGCAUUUCCUUUUAUGUUUGGGUCUCAAUGUGCAUACCACUUGCUUCAAAUUGUCGACUUGUUUUUAAAUCAUGGGUGAAGAAAUUCUUGAAUGGUUCUGAUCCA